AUGAUGGGGACAGAUCAGACACUCAAGAAUUACCAACAGCAUAGCACUCACAAGUAUUUAAUUUUCAGAUUUAUUAACAAUUCAUAGUUAAACUUAUAAUCACCAAGAGUUGAAGCAGUCAGCAUUUGGAAAGAUUCACCUUUCACUUCAACCUAAUACUAUCAAUAUGCUUAAGCUAUUCAAACUGGUUUGGCUUUGAAAUAUACAUCCUCGGCUGUUUGCUUCUAAAAUACUUACAGUUUAUUGAAUGACUUAUUCUAUCUCCACCAGAAUAUCACAGGCUAUACUAUAAGUUCUGUAGCAUAUUCAAAUGGAGUUAGAUAAGUAUCCAUGGUAUCCUUCAAUGUAUCAAAUAUCAUUUCGCGUAAUUUUGCCAAUACUUUUUCCAACUGUUAUACGAUGACAGCCAACUUUUAAUCCUAGACAGCAGUAUGGCUUGAUUCAUUUGUUGAUUUCUCUGAUGUGUAUACAUCAUUCUUGUUCAAUUUGCUUUCCUAAUCCCUUAAAAUCAGAAGUUUAUCAACUAACAUUCAAACCUCACAAACUAGCAAAGAUUGGGUUACAUUCAGUAAAUCUAUAGCGUAGCUUUUUAGUAUCAUUUUUGACUUUGAAUCAUCAAAUGCCGCAAACCUAGAUGGAUUGAAAUUUGAAGAUAUUUAUAAUACUAUGAUGUUUGCUAGCAAGGAGAGUAACGUUGAAUUAAGCUAAAAGGAGGUUUAAUCUAUGAAAAAGAUGAUUGUCUAUUCUGCUGGAAUAUUAUAAACUCUUUUCCCAAGUAUGAAAUAGCCUUUGAAGGAAAAUGAAAACUAUCAAAAGAUUAUUCAAUUUGCCAACGAAGCUGAUUAAUUUCUCUAAGAGCAAUCAUUAAAUGCUUAGAAAUUCAUGGAUGGAUAUGAAGAGAGAAUGUAAGAAAACAACUAAAAGAGAGUUGCGUAAAAGGGAAGAAGCUUGUUGUAAGUACUUGCAAACCCAGAUAUGACCUUCCAUUUAGCUGAUGUUCUAUAUAUCGGCUUUGGUGUCGUAGAAGGUGCGAUGAGCGCAGUUCCAACAUCUGUUUUCAAUUACUAAUGUGGUAAAAAUGUGACCUAAUCUAGACUAUAUUUUGCAGCUGCAGUUUAAGAUUUUUCAUAACAAAAAACAGACAGUGCUGUUGCUAAUAUGUACAAGAUCUUAUAAAGCGUUGACGACAUUACAAUCAACUGUGUCUUAGGAGUUCAAACAUCUGCAAAUACUGAUGUGACAAAAUUAUUCACAUCUGAUGGAGUGCUGACAAACAUUCUCUAUAAUGCUGGAUUCAUGUUUACAGACGUGCUAGACAUCAUUAGAUAUGAUGAUAGCGACACAAAUCCAUAUUGGUAUUAUGUUUUCUACAGAGUUGGAGAUUUCCUUAUAAGAUUUGUUUAUAGAGAUACUACUCUAACAUGA